AGCAAAACAACUUGAUAGUUUAUAUUAUAAAUCAGAUGAUCACCGGAGAAGAUUUGUACAAGGUGAUGUGCGCCAUGGUGCCUCUGUACUUCGCAAUGCUGGUGGCGUACGGUUCGGUGAAAUGGUGCAAGAUGUUCAGCCCGGAGCAGUGUUCGGGCAUAAACCGAUUCGUGGCGGUUUUCGCCAUUCCGGUGCUCUCUUUCCACUUCAUUUCGAUGAACAACCCGUACCAAAUGAACACGAGGUUCAUCAUCGCGGACACACUCUCCAAGCUCCUCGUGCUUCUCUUCCUCUCGCUUUGGGCCCUUUUCUUCGCCAAAGGCUCCCUGGAGUGGCUCAUCACUCUCUUCUCCCUCGCCACUCUCCCCAACACCCUCGUCAUGGGCAUUCCCCUCCUCCAAGCCAUGUACGGCGACUUCACCCACUCCCUCAUGGUGCAACUCCUCGUCCUCCAAUGCAUCAUAUGGUAUACUUUGCUUCUGUUUCUGUUCGAGUACCGAGCGGCGACGCUUUUGAUCCAGAGGCAGUUUCCGGGGCAAGCGGCGGCGUCCAUCACGAAAUUCGAGGUGGACGGCGACGUUAUAUCGCUCGACGGCCACGACAUGCCGCUGCGGACGGAGUCAGAGACCGACGACCAUGGCCGGAUCCGGGUGCGGAUCCGGCGAUCCGUUUCGUCGGCGCCGGAGUCCAGCUGCUCCAUCGGCAACGCCGCCGUGCUCACUCCGCGGCCCUCCAACCUCUCUAACGCCGACAUUUUCUCCAUCAACACGCCUCUGCACCUGCACGACGGCGACCCCCCCGCCGGCGCCAGCCCCCACCUCUCUGGCUACGCCUCCUCCGACGCGUACUCGCUGCAGCCCACGCCACGGGCCUCAAACUUCAACGAGAUGGAGGCCGGCACCCCCGUCUGGGGGUGUUCACCGGUCACCGCAGGAAGAGUGUGCCUCCAGUCAUCACCGGUGGCCAGGGUGGUGUGGGAGUCGCCGGGGAAAUGCGGUAGAGGAGAAGAGAGACAAGGUUGCAAGGACAUUACUCUCUCAGAUAAAGAAAUGAGCUUCAGAGACAGCACCAAAGUCCCAGACCCUAAAGACACAAAUGCGAAGGAGCAGAAAAUGCCACAUGCUUUUGUCAUGAUGAGGCUUAUACUGGUUGUAGUAGGAAGAAAACUUUCCCGAAAUCCUAAUACGUAUUCCAGUGUAUUAGGACUUCUUUGGUCUUUAGUCUCUUUCAAAUGGAAUAUGGAAAUGCCAAGUCUUAUCAAAUCAUCCGUCAAAAUCAUCUCAGAUGCCGGCCUUGGGAUGGCUAUGUUUAGCUUAGGGCUUUUCAUGGCCCUUCAGCCCCGUAUCAUAGCCUGCGGUACUAAAAGGGCAGUUAUGGGCAUGCUCAUUCGCUUCCUGUGUGGACCUCUUGUAAUGUCUGCAUCUUCCAUUGCCAUUGGAUUGAGACAUGACAUACUUCACACUGCCAUUGUACAGGCUGCUCUUCCACAGGGGAUAGUGCCAUUUGUAUUUGCCAGAGAAUAUGGCCUGCAUCCUGAUAUUUUGAGCACAGGGGUUAUCUUUGGUAUGCUGGUUUCCUUACCGAUAAGUCUCUUAUAUUACAUAUUUCUUGGCAUAUGAAGGGAACGAAGAGAAGUUACAACCUUAGAGAAGAAAAGUAUUAUCCAAACUAUAAUAACCCUACUAGACUAGGUGGGGUAAUAUAUAUACACAUAUUGGAAAGCUUCCAUGUUUCUCCAUGAUUCUGCCAGCACCGACCACAAUUAUAUACGAAGGUUGUCCAUUAUUGUAGACACCACCUGCGGAGAAGGUUGACUUUGGUAAGGCCAAACUUUUUCAAUAGACACAAGUGUUAAGGGUGUGACAGAAAUGACAGAGAGUUGUAGCUAGGAUUUAUAGUUUUAGACAUGCCCUGCUACUACAUAGAUUAGUGGUAGCCGAAAGGGAAAUAAAUAUUAUCAUGACCAAUUAUUAAGGUAGGAAACUUGCUUUGUUGUUGGAGGUUGGAAAAGCUUGUGGGAACAAAUGUUGACCCCUCCUCCCUCAUAUAAAAGUUGGAAGGCGACAUUUUGCCAGAUUUAUGGCACUCUAAGGUGAUUUA